CUGCAGUGUGUCGUUGCUGCCUGUUUGAGUGCUGACACCUUCCCUCUGUAAUCUGUGCAUACACCAUUUCUCCAGCAAUCCUGAAGGCGGACUGUUCAGGAUCGGGUUAUCCUACAGGCCUUUUGCACUUCCAGAGUUGGCAAGGGAAAAACGUCUGAAUGAUCGACGCAGUUGCCUCGCUUUCUAGUUGAGGAAAGCAGAUGCAGAAUAAACUGAGGUGACUUGUUGGAGAGGACACAGUAAGUGGCAUAGCCAAGACCAGCCUCCAGGUUGCUCAGUCCUAAUCCAGCACUCCCCUUACGUAGUGCUGGAGUUACUAACAGGGUGGUAAGUAGCACUCAUGCUGCGUGUACGCUCAUCUCGCUGGUAUUUUGGAUUGACGGGCUGAAUAAAUUGCAAAUACGAAUUCAGUGUGUGUUCAGGCAAGGACUAGCUGUACUAAAAAGACAUGUAAAUACCCAUUGCAGUGAUGUGACAUAGUCUGUUGCUUUUGAAGCCUAGUUCAAUACAACCCAGUGAGUUUGACUCAUCAGAUGAAGAUCCUGUUGAAGAUGAACAGACUCCAAUCCAGAUAUCAUGGCUGCCUCUGUCACGAGAGAAUUGUCCUCAGUUCCUGGGCUUAUGUGCCCUUCCAGGCAGGUUGUAAAUUUAAGGAUGUUAGAAGAAAUGUCCAAAAAGAUACAGAGGAACUAAAGAGCCAUGGCAUACAAGACAUAUUUGUUUUCUGCACCAGAGGAGAACUGUCAAAAUACAGAGUGCCAAACCUUUUGGACCUCUACCAGCAGUGUGGAAUGACCACCCACCAUCAUCCAAUCCCAGAUGGAGACACUCCUGACAUCGCCAGCUGCUGUGAAAUCAUGGAGGAGCUUGCAAUCUGCUUGAAAAAUAACCGGAAAACCUUAAUACACUGUUAUGGAGGACUUGGGAGAUCUUGUCUUGUAGCCGCCUGUCUUCUGCUGUACCUGUCUGACACGGUAUCACCUCAGGAAGCCAUAGACAGCCUGCGAGACCUGAGAGGAUCUGGGGCCAUUCAGACCAUAAAGCAAUACAAUUAUCUUCAUGAGUUCCGGGACAAACUGGCUGCACAUCUAUCAUCCAGAGAUUCACUAUCAAGAUCUGUGUCGAGAUAAUUUCAGACAGCUCUUAGAGGACCAUGUCUGAAAUGUAAGAGUUCGCUAGCAUAAUUUGUAUUGAAAUGAAACUACUGGUGUUAUCAACUUGAAUGUAAAUGUGUAAGUGCAGAUGUUCAUAAAGAUUUUAUUGACAAAA